GUGUUACAACAUUUUUGGGACACCCUGUAUAGUAUAUACCUCACGAUGGUAUAUGAAUAUAGGUUAUUGUAGGUUAUGUUAUAUGAUACAACUACAAUAAACUGUAGUUGCGACACCACCUUCGACUGGUUCUGACAAUUAAAAAACAAACAAAAUGAAUAUCGUUGGUCGACAAUGUCUUAGAAUUUUUAAAUCUGACCAAACUCAACAGGGUCUCUGUAAUAUUCUUGGAAGAACACUUGCUUAUAAAAGUGCUGUGUCCCUUGACAAAUUGUAUCCGACAAGUAACCUAAAACUUUACACACCAACCUUUGUUCCUGAAGAUCCAAAUGCGAAAUUCGAUGGCUAUAUACCCUUACAAGAAAUUGAUAUAACGUAUAGCCGUAGUAGCGGCGCUGGAGGACAACAUGUAAAUCGUACAAAUACUAAAGUAGAUGUGAGGUUCCAAAUACAAAAUGCUAAAUGGUUAUCGGAAGAAAUUAAAGAAAAAUUAACAAAUAAGUAUAAAUCCAAACUUACCAAGGAAGGUUAUUUAAUAAUCAAAUCAGAAUUAACUAGAUCGCAACAAUUGAAUUUAGCUGAUGCUUUAGAAAAAUUAAGAUCAAUGAUUCGAGAAGUCAUAAAGCCACCACCAGAGGUAUCUCAAGAGUCUUUAGAAAUGAAACGAAAACAACGACUUAGAGCAGCAAGAGAAAGACUUUAUGAAAAACGAAUGCAUUCUGAAAGUAAAAGAUCUAGACAAACUUCAUUAGAUUUCUAGUUUUCUUUACAUAAUUGUAAUUAUAUAUUGCAUAUAAAGUAACAUACUGUUAAAAUAAAUGAAAUGUAAUAUAA